CGUAGCAGCAGCUGGGGAUGGGUGAAAGAAAAGAAAAAGAAAAGAGAAAGGAAGGAAGCACACAGAAAUUUAUACAGUGUAUAUAUAAAUGGCCCCAGUUAUUACGCUCCUCCUCUUCUCCGCGUUUUCCACCUCAGUCCUAGCUAGCAGCUCCUUUACUCCUCAUCCCCUUUCUGGACUUGUGCUCCAUCUCCAUCCCUUCCCCCAGCAGCAGCUGCCAAGAAGCAAGGUCGCGAGGGCCGGAGGCUGAAGCAAUGGGCGACCGCGCGUACGCGCCGGCCUCGAAGCCGAUCCCCGUGCGCGCUACCAACGGCACGGCGAACGGCGGCGCCGGCGGGCCGCCCCGGCCCGCGCCGCCGUCCAUGCUGCCCGGCGGCCGGGUUCCUCCUCCGCCGAUGUACCGGCCGAAGCCCGCGCAGUCUCGCCCCCCUCCUCGGCGUCCCCGUCGGAGCGCGCGCGGGUGGUGCUGCGCGUGCUGCCUGUGGCUGACGCUGGUGCUGGUGGGCCUGGUGUUCCUGGGCGCCAUCGCGGCGGGGGUGUUCUACGUGGUGUACCGCCCGCAGCCGCCCAGCUUCGCGGUGACCUCGCUGCGGCUGGCGGCGCUGAACGUGUCCGACUCCGACGCGCUCACCUCCCGCAUCGACUUCACGGUGACGGCGCGCAACCCGAACGACAAGAUCGCGUUCGCGUACGGUGACAUGGCGGCGUCCUUCUCCGCGGACGGCGCGCCCCUGGGCGACGGCGUGGUCCCGGGGUUCCUGCACGCGGCGGGGAACACGACCGUCAUACGCGGCGCCGCGUCCGCCACCGCGGCCACCAUCGACCCCGUGCAGGCGGCCGCGCUCAGAUCCAAGAAGUCCCACGCCAUGUCCGCGGAGAUGGACGCCAAGGUGGGGUUCCAGAUCGGGCGGUUCAAGUCGAAGCGCAUCAACGUCCGCGUCGUCUGCGCGGGGUUCUCCGCGGGUCUCGCCAAGCCCACCCCGCCGCCCGCGCCCGCUCCGGCGCCGGACGCGGAGCCGACCGUCGUCGUCGCCGCCGCGCCGGCGCCGGCCCGCGGGCGCGGGCGCGGGCGCGGGCGGCCCCCGCGGUCCGUCGUCCGGACGUCCUCCUCUUCCUCGUCGUCCUCUUCCUCCGGUUCCGGCGGCGGGAAGAUGACGCCGACGGACGCAAAGUGUAAGGUCCGCAUCAAGAUCUGGAUUUGGUCGUUUUGAUGGAUUCGGGGCCCGGGGUUUGGGCGGGGGUAGAGAGAAAAAUUUUCGUUUCAACUUUCUCUUCUUUUUUUCUUGCUUCUCCUCUCUUGACAACAGUGUAUGUGGAUGAUUUAUUGGAGUAUAGUCUAUAUGGUUUCCAUUUCACCUUC